AUUGUUGAGACCACGUCCUUCAACUAGCGUUGAAUUGAAAAAUCAAGUCGCCGUUUUUGCAAAGUGAAAAAGUGUCAACGAAUGUUAACCGCUUCAGUCUUUAGUGUAUUUGUUGAUGUCAGUUAACAAUAAAAAUGAAUUUUUCAAACCUCUUGGACCACUUUAAGACCACAAUGACCAAAAUAUUGGACUUAGAACAACCAAUCCAAGAAUAUGAGGUUAAAAAGGUCUCAAGUAUUUUAAAAACGUUUGCUAAGUGUGAUAUGAACAAUUCGGACAUAAAAAUGUUCCUAGAUAGCGUCUUAAUAUAUUUUGUGUUUCUAAACAAGUACGCACAACAGUUUGAAAUUAGAAGCAACCAGAAGCAUUUGCAUGUUAGACUAGCUUUGGAGGUGUUCUUGUUUGUUGUAGAUACGCAGCAAAUUUAUAAUAUUAUAAUAAAUAAGUUUGCUAAGGUUAUAGAUACAAUUUUGGAGAGUGAUCCCUUAAACUAUAACGUUAAGGAAUAUUUGCGAAUUUAUUCAGACAUUUUGGAUCAACUCUCAAGCGAUGUUGCCCAAAAACUAGCAGCUAAGCAUAAAAAAAUACAUAUUUGGUAUGAAGUGGUUAAAAAGACAGGAGAUAUAGAAACGCAAGCCAUUAUUGUUAGUGCGCUCCUUAAACUGUUUAAAUUUCAUGAUUUUACCGUAAUUUUGAAAGACAUUUUUCCCGAAAUUACACAAGUGUCGAGCACAAACGAAGAAACUAUGUACCAAAAUAUUAGAAUGGUACUUGAUAAAAUAAACGGGUCAGGAACAAAUAUCUUUUCAAUCAACUGUAGCACCAUUGAAGUAGAUUCAUUGCGCGUUGAGGAAUUUAACGCAGCGCCCGGCGAUAUCUGGCUUGACUUUAACCUUCUUGAAGAAAAUAUAUCGUUUUUUUGUUCACAAUGUUUCUUUACGUCACUGACCAACUUGAAACCAUUCUUGCAAACAAGCUGGGAGGUGUUGUCGUUCAAUGCACGGGAUGUUCUUAAAGUAGAUUUUAAUUACAACAAGAUUCUUAAAACUUUGGAACUAUCUCUAAAAUUGCGAGGUUCAGUGUUUAAUGUAUUAUGUAGUCCAAAGUUUGACACUGUCUGUAGUGUGAAUAUAUCUGUAUCGCAGUAUUCGGAAAGAUUCAACGUAUUGGUAGAGCAGGUCCUCCCGAAAUUUUUUCCAAAUGUUUUUUCUGGCGAUUCUCCGUUUCUUUUGUCAGAAAAGGAUAGUAAUUCUUCGAUAACUCCUGACAUAACGCUACAAAGUCGCAGUUCCAGUCCUGUUAUUCAUUGUUUUACGAUGAACAGGCCGAAAAAUUCAACAUCGAAAGAAGCUGAUUUACAAAAUAGUCUUCGAGAGUGUGAAUUGGAAAGUAUCGUCUCAAUUCCGGAUGAUGACGACGAUAUAAUGGCAAAUGAAGAUGGUAAAAGAAAAAAUUGCAUUUGUGUCAAAAUAAAUGAUGAAGAAACAGGAGGUAACAAAAGUAAAAAACGCAUAGGUGGCAUGAUUGAAACUAAAACAUAUGCGUCUUAUGAACACAGGGCACAAUUCAAUAAAUCCAUUACUCCAGUGUCGUUUACGGAAUCACUAGUAAGGAAAAGAAAAAAGAUGUCACGACGGGACUCUCCUUCGAUCGAAAAAAUGCCAUCGAAAGAAAAGAAAGGUCGGAAAAUCUCAACGAGCUUGUCUUCGCCAAUUGUAGAUGUGAAAUCGAGAGUUUCCAAAAAAGGAAAACGUAAACCUAAAUUAAAGGAUCUAAUUGAAGUAGCAAGAGAGGCCCACUUGGAAGAUAUUUUAGACACCAGUGAGGCUUGUUCAGUGUCCAAAGUGGAAGAUUGGUUGAAAAGUUUUGACAAGUGUAAAGCUUCCAAUGGUGAAAUUGAAAGAGAAACUCUUGAAAUACCUGCUUUCGAAGAAAAAAUUGACUUAGAUCCUGUCGAAGCUUUAUCGGUUUCCCUAAGUGAUAUUUCAAAUAAAUCGAUUGAUGAUAUGCAACUGGUGCAGGAACAAAUAUCAAAGAGUGUGGAUGAAAUUGAGUCGCCAAACAGAAAUAAGGAAGUAAAAAUCCAAGAAGAGAAAUCAACAGAAAUUGAAAAAAAUCUUGAAGAAAUUCAGAAGUCACCGGUUGAGAUUACUAGAAUUAAUGGGGCAAAAAUCCAAGAGAAAUCAACAGUAAUCAAGGAAAAUAUUGAAGAAGUUACUAGAAUUACUGAAGCAAAAGAAGUAGAUGUUUCCAAACAAUCAUUAGAAAGAAACUACGAAUCAGUCAUCCAAGAAGUGGAAGAAAACCUUUCAAAAAUAUUUUCAGAACAAGAUGAAGCCGAAAUCCAAACAGCAAACCAGGAGAGCGAAAUCCACAGGACUGAUGAUUUGUUACACAUUUUAUCUAGUCAAAAAGAGAAAACCCCCGAGAUUGACAAAGCAGAUUCGAUAUCUUCAAUUAGUUCAGACGGUCACAAUUUAAAAGAUUCAGUUUUUGAUAAGUUAAAAGUUUUGGAUCCAAACAACAAUAACGUAAACCAAUCACAGGAAAAGUACAAUAUUAGUUCAAGUAGUGAUGAAGAAGCGAUUGUGGAAGAGAAACCUAAAGAAAAUGUAAGUGAUAUUAAACAGGACUUGAAUGGAACAAUACGAAAACGAAGACUUUAUUCUCCUGGAGAUUUGUCAUACUUAAAAGCACAGACGAAUGAAGAAUACUUGACUUCAAAAAGCGAGGUCAAACCUACACCUAAACCCGUACGGUCUAGAUCAAAGAAACCAAAAACAAAAAACAAGAAAGAAACUGCACCUAAAAGACGCAGACGUUCCAGUGGAACAAGCACCCAGAAAAAACCACUUAUAACAAAGGAAGAUAUAAUGAAAAUAAAGGUAGUGGAAACUGACGCUAUUUCAAAAAUGCUAGACACACUUAAACAAGACCUUAGAGAGCAAAGGAAAAAGAGUAAAGCUGUGAAGAAGAAGGGCAAAAAGGCUGUUCAAGCUACGUCUAGUUCAGAGUCAAUGGAGCCUUUUGGGGAAUGUUUGAAAAUGAGUCGGAAAAGGCAAAGUUCGUCUUCCCACCACACAGAAAACGAGAAAAAGAUAAACAUUAUAUCAAACAUUUUAAUUCAACCAGCCAAUAGUCAAAAUAGUCCUAAUCCUACUGUUGAUAAGUCGAAUUGCUACGAGCAGUUGGUACUCUUCCAGGGAGAAAGCUUUUUAAAGAACUUAGAUAUCAUUGAAAAAUCUGAACCGCGGUUAUUACAGAAUGAAGUGUUCACAAAAAUUUUCGAAAAAUUGCAGUGUUCACGAAUCUAAGCAAAAAGUUUCAUACGUGUUUGGUUGUUUCUUAUAUUAAUUAUUAGUUUGUUAAUUGUUGUUUAAAGUUUGUUUGUUCCUUAAAUAAAAAUUACAUUUGUUCCUUUUUUA